AUGUUGCUAUUUUUUUUUGCCAUUUAUUCUCAGAAUGAUGAGGUGCCUAUUGGAUGGCCAUUUGGUCUUGGCAUUUUGAAUAUUAUGAGACUUAGAGUUGCGGAAUCACCCCCUUCUGCUCCAGCAGAGUCAUACUCACUCCACAUUCCAUCCACCAGUUUUUCCUCCUUCUCAUCCUCCAACCUUGAUACAGAGUCCACGGCAUCUUUCUUUCAAGACAACAGUGUAUCCCUCGGCCAUUUACUUGGAAUAAGAUCAGGUGAGAGGGAACGCUUGUAUUCGUUAAGAUUAGAAGAAAAGGAGAAGAAAACAUUAGCAAAAGGAUCAUGUUCUGACGCCUCUAAAGUACAACAAGUGGAUAUGUCUCGUGGCAUUUGCAUACCUGUACUACUUGAUGCCCUAUUUAAGAUUAGCAAAAGUAAGAAAAGUUCAAGGAACUAG